UACAAGAGAGAAUUUAAUAUAAAGUCUACAGUCAGUCAUGUCAUUCUAUAAAGUCUACAGUCGGUCAUGUCAUUCAAACUCUAAAUCUCAGGACUUUUCAGUCCUUUAAUAAAACCAUGGCGAUCCUUGUUGUUAUUACCAACUAAAGAGGCUGCUUUGGUCAUUGCAAACCAAGUUGCUUCGACGUAUGGUAUACUGUUUGAAUCUACCAUCGGUUCGUUUUCAGGAAGGAACCAAAAAGCCAAAAACCAGCCAAAAAAAUCCCACAAAACCUUCCUUUCUUUAAUCUUGACCUCUUGUCUGUAUUUCCUCUCCCCUUUUUGGGGUGCAACUAAUUUGGUGAGCAUUUAAUAGUACCCACGUUUUCGUGUAACAAAUAGAAGGCAAUUCAGAGUUGUUUGGUUUUUGCUAGUUUCUCUCACAGCGUGCUCCUCUUAAGUAGAAUUUCAAUUGCUUUUGCUCUCUAACAUGAGGCCAAAGAUCUAUCUUUUUGGAGACUCAAUCACGGAGCAGUCCUUCGGUGAUGGUGGUUGGGGUGCUUCUCUCGCCAACCAUUUCUCUCGAACGGUUGAUGUGGUGCUGAGAGGUUACAGUGGGUACAAUACAAGGUGGGUGUUGAAGGCGCUUGAUAGGGUUUUCCUUGUGGCGGAAAGCGAUGAUUCUGACGGUGCUGCCGAGCCACUUGCAAUUACCGUUUUCUUUGGAGCUAAUGACGCUUGCCUCCCCGAUAGAUACGCUGCUUUCCAACACGUGCCACUUGAUGAAUACAAGCGGAAUCUCCACUCUAUUGUCUCCUCUUUCAAGAAGCGGUGGCCAAAGACUCUCAUUCUCCUAAUUACUCCUCCUCCAAUUGACGAAGAUGAACGCCUUAGGCAUCCUUAUGCUGAGAAUCCAUCUGGUUUGCCCGAGAGGACAAAUGAAGCUGCUGGCGCUUAUGCUAAGGCAUGUGUUGAAACUGCUGGAGAAUGUGGAAUCCCUGUGGUAGAUCUCUGGACUAGGAUGCAGCAGUUUCCUGACUGGCGGAAAGCCUAUCUUAGCUGUGCUAAAGUGCUGUUUCUGGAAUGCAGUGAUGGUUUGCACCUCACUGAAGAUGGCAACAAGGUUGUAUUUGAGGAAGUAGUCAAGAAGCUGAAUGAUGGAGGCUUAAGCCUGGAAAAGCUAACAGUUGAUCUCCCACGCUUAGCUGAUAUUGACCAUAGUGACCCACUUAAGUCUUUUCAGUAGUAGUUAAGAUCACAGAAUAUUUAAAAUUAUCAAUAGGGGUAAGAUCUCUUUUUGGCCUCAAGUUUUAUUCUGCUAUUAUUGUAGUUACGGAAGUAUGCUAUAUGCAAAGAACAGCCAAAUUAUAGAUGGCAACAGCUUCAGCUUUUGGUUCAAUAUAACCACUCUCCAUACAUUGCGUUGUGAAAGUAAUGGAUGUGAGAUAUUCCAAAAUAAGGCAAAAAAGAAAGAAAAACACUUGUCAAUGAAUGCAGAAACCGAGUACUGUCACCAUUCCAGGUGCAUGAAAAUGGGCAGAGGACACAAAAUCUUAAUAGAUCUUAACGCCAUGAAAACAGCUCUAUUUUGCUAAAUUAGGAACAACAAAAUUGUUAGGGUGGAAUUCUGGUACCUAUGGA